AUGAUGUCGGCGUCAAGAAAACAAUACUUCCAAUUACUGCCGGAUAGGCUGAAAAGUUUCUUCAAAAAAUAUCCUCCCAACGUGAAAUACAGCGAAAAACCCACCUCGAUCCAGGCGGUCGAUGCAAACCCAUUCUUGGCCAACAAAAACCCGGUAACGGGCAAAUACCACAACCCAAAAUACUCCCUGAGACGUAUGAGUGAUUUGUACAAGCUGGCUCAUCAGUAUGGGCUUCAAGAACUGCUGCCACCACGGAAGAAACUCUUUUUCCAGGAGAAAUACGACCAAAAGAAGUUUAUGAAAGGUGUGCUAUUACCCAAAGGCCACAAGCACGAAUUGGCACAAUCUGACAAGAUGCGUAGAAUGCAGGAUGCCAUUCGCAACGCAGACGACUACAUUCUGGAGGCCAAGGGCCGCAAAUAUGCAAAGAAACUGGAAAAACGUAAAUUGGAAAAGACCCCCCGCUGGUUCUGA